CUCCUUAAUUCCCAGCGCUCCCGUCCGCGAUCGGCCCUUGUUCCCCCUUUCCCUGCUCCACCCCUCCGCCUGAGGACGAUCCCUAACCCUUGAAUCCUCCUGCGCCGCUCAUCGAAUCCUCCCAGGGCUUCUUCGAUCGUUGGCAGGGGCGAUCCGUCGCUGGAAAUGGCGACCAACGUCUCCGCCGUGUACAUCCAGGUGGUGGACGACGUCAUCAGUAAGAUCCGCGACGAGUUCAUCAACGAAGGUGCCGGGGAGAGAGCGCUCGCCGAGAUCCAGGCGAUCUGGGAGAUGAAGAUGAUGCAGGCUGGCGCAAUAAGCGGCAACAUCGAGAGGCCGGCUGCCCAGAAGAAUGUUGCCCCGACGCCGGUGCAUGAUCUUAACGUGCCUUACGAGGGGCCGAUUGAGGAAUACGAGACCCCAACUGCGGAAAUGCUUUUUCCACCUACUCCAUUGCAGACUCCUAUCCAGACACCACUCCCUGGAACUGAUUCGGGGAUGUAUAACAUUCCCACCGGCCCUUCUGAUUAUGCUCCGUCUCCAAUUACUGAUAUCAGAAGUAGCAUGGACUUGAAAAGUGGAAGGCCUAGUCCUUACAUGCAACCACUUUCUCCUUGGCUGAACCAAAGGCCUCUUGGAGUCGAUGUCAAUGUUGCUUAUGUUGAUGGCCGUGAAGAAACUGAUAGAGGCUCAUCUCAGCAAGCUAUGACUCAGGACUUUUUCAUGAAUUCCUCUGGGAAACGUAAAAGAGAUGACCAUCCAUCCCGCUUUAACCCAGGAGGUCAUUUACCACAACAAGAUGGAAGUGGGGACAUUUCAAUAGAAUUUUCUUUGCUCCAGGUAAACCCACUUCAGAAGCCAUCACCUAGGCAUGGACAAGGAUCGACAACUUCCAAGCUCAUUCCCAACAGAAGACAACCAACAGUACUUCCUCAGUGUGAUGGAGUACAGGAUGAAUAUGAUGAUUUGUUUCCGAUCCAAGGUGUGACUACUGAAGACUACAAUACACCUGGAGACCAUGCUGAACUACGUGCUCCGACUCCUGCUGUUGCUACACCAAACCCAAAUAAAGACGAAGCAGGAGAAGAUGAUGAGCCACCCCUCAAUGAAGAUGAUGACGAUGAUGACGAAUUGGAUGAUGAUGAAGAUGAUGAUGAGCCAAAUGCUCAGCAUUUGGUUCUAGCUCUCUUUGAUAAGGUGACUCGGACAAAAAGUAGAUGGAAGUGUACCCUUAAGAAUGGCAUAAUGCAUCUCAAUGACAGGGAUCUUCUUUUUAACAAGGCGAAUGGCGAGUUUGAGUUCUGAUUUUCCUCUCGCUCUCUUGAAUUUGUCAACUGGAAGCAUGAACGAACUGUGGUGUUUGCAAUUCUGGAAGCUAUUUGCGUUCUUGUCAAGAUGGUACACGCUAAACCUUCAAAUUUGUUUCUUGGCCUUUUUUUCCUUGUCCCUUUCGCUUCUUUUAAUUGCAGUAUGUUGCCAUAUCCACGACCAUGUUCUGUUAGAUGCCCUUGAGUUUGUGAUACUGCACCAUUUAGUAAUACCGACCGAGACCUUGUAUAUCUUUAGA